UUAUACUUCUGUGGAAAUAUUACAAAACUCGAAACAGUUGAGGAGGAAGAACCGGGACGAUAUAGUAUUAGUAAUGAUAGUACAAGUGGAAUUCCUGUUGCUGAGCCCAAUAGUGAACAUGAAGUUAGUUGUUAG